GAGUGCUAUAGCAAUGCGAAGUGUGCUUUGACUGUCGUGGUAGCGGCUGUGGUCAAUCUCAAUCUCUAUCUUUUUUUCUUUUGAACUGAUCUCAGCUCUCGGAGAACAGAAGCAAAGCGCAACCCCCUCCUACCCUUUAUCCUUUUCCUUUUUCUGUUUUCUUUCUUUUCUUUUUUCCCACUUCAGUUCACUUUAAUAUCGCACCAGACAAAACAAAAGCCAAAUAUGAGUCGUAAGAGAGACAACCCCUACUUCUCGCGCCACGACCGUGUUCCCUUCCCAAAGAGGCGUCGUCCUCUACCUCCUCAUCCUCCACCAUCCGCCGAAGAUGAAAUCGACAAGCCCACCCCGAAGCCUCAGUCACCCCCUGCGGUGGUGGUAAUGGGGCUGCCAACGAAUUGCUCGGUUCUUGACCUGAAAUCAAGAUUCGAGAUCUACGGUGAAAUAUCUCGCACUCGCAUCGAUCGUGAUGUAGCGCUCAUCACCUUCCGUACUAGGGACUCGGCUGAAGCUGCAAUUGCUGCUGCACUUGAUACUUCCUUUGGUAUCACGAUUGGUUCCAAAAGGGUACAAGUGUUAUGGGCCACAGAUCCGCUUGCUCAAUGGAGGGAAGGAGUUGGGGUUGGAGGUAACAAGGAAAGUGGGUCAUCCUCUAAACUAUUGCGAUCUGAGAUACCUUUAAGCAGACAUGGGAGAGGUAAUAAGCUUGCUUCCGCUAUUGUAAACCCAAAAAGUAGUAAUAGUGAUGCUUCUUCUGUGUUAGACGUGCCUUUCAAAGGCAGGGAGAUUGUUGCUUAUGAUGAUAUCCUCUAGCAAAUUGCUUUUCUCAUUGUUAAAGGGGUUAUGCUCUCUUGUACCAUUAGUAUGCCUCUGUUUCUAGUGAUGGAUAGGAUCUGAAGUGUGUCUAGAAGUUGCAUAGAAGGGUAGCAACUUAGAAGAAAUUAGUUAGGAAUUUGGAUGCUACAUUGCUCUUUGGCUUUAUAAGGUGUUUUUAUAUUGGUCCUGACAUGUAGCAAGUUCUAUUUUAAUCUUGAUUGAUCGUGGCUUUGUAUUUUUUUUUUCUCUUUUUGCAAUUGUAAGUUUUCUUUAGCGUUAAUGUACAUGUAUCAUAUCUUCAAUAAUUAGAUAAUUGUGGACCAGAAAUGAUUUGCAGUUUUCCUUCUAUAUAUUGAUGGUUGCUUUUUA